CAAAGGUUUAUGAGACAAAGCACCCUCACUAGUUAAUAGCAAGAUAGGUUUUGGUUUUGUAGUGAAGAGCCAAAAUGGUGAAGAUAGAUCUUGGUAGCUUUAGUGACUCUUUUAGCGUUGCCUCUCUCAAGGCUUAUUUCGCAGAGUUCCAUGCCACUCUCAUUUUCGUCUUCGCUGGUGUUGGAUCAGCCAUCGCUUACAACGAGCUGACGUCAGAUGCAGCCUUGGAUGCAACGGGCCUGGUGGCAGUAGCUGUGGCCCACGCAUUGGCCCUAUUUGUGGGAGUGGCCGUCGCAGCCAACAUCUCAGGUGGCCAUUUGAACCCAGCUGUCACAUUUGGAUUGGCUAUUGGAGGCAACAUCACCCUCCUAACCGGCUUCUUGUACUGGAUUGCCCAAUUGUUGGGUUCUAUCGUCGCAUCCCUCCUUCUCAGUUUGAUCACCGCUAAGAGCAUUCCAACCCACGGACUCGCUGCUGGUGUGAACGCUUUCCAAGGUGUAGUGUUUGAGAUUAUUGUUACAUUUGGGUUGGUAUACACUGUGUAUGCAACUGCAGCUGACCCCAAAAAGGGCUCAUUGGGCGUCAUUGCACCCAUUGCUAUUGGGUUCAUUGUGGGUGCCAACAUCUUAGCUGCUGGCCCAUUUAGCGGUGGUUCAAUGAACCCGGCUCGCUCAUUCGGCCCAGCUGUUGUUAGUGGAAACUUCGCUGAUAACUGGAUCUACUGGGUUGGCCCAUUGAUCGGAGGAGGCUUGGCUGGUUUGAUUUAUGGUGACGUCUUCAUUGGUUCCCAUACCUAUGCCCCACCCUCUGAAACCUACCCUUAAAAAUUUGAAUUCAACUUCUUGUGUGUUCCAUUGAAGCUUCAUCUUUCUUCACCGUUUGCCGUCUCAAACCUCUUGCCUUUUUAUUUUUAAACUGUACCUUAUAUUUUCUAUGCACUGCUUGUAAUAAUUAUGUAAAUUAUAAAUUGAACUUAAAGCAUGAAUUGUUGGAAGGUCCCGUU